UGGUGGGGCAGUUUGGAGGGAAUGGUGGAUGGCGACUUUGGACUGAGCGAAAUGAACUUCACUGAGACUGAAGCUGCAUGGUCUGUUUUAAGCAGCCCCCAAAGAGUUGUCUGCUCUUUCUCAUUUCUCAGAUCACUGAAACUGACUUUUCUGAGAACUGUGUGUCAGAUGUGAGUGCUUCUGGCUUGCCCUCUUGGAUUGGUGAGGUUCCAGGAAAUCUGCUCCACAGUGAGAGGCAGGAGAGUUGUGUGUGGGGUUUGGACUUUGGCCCCCGCUGGGGCCAGACGUAUUUAUUGGCUGUUGCUGCUCGAACAAAGUCGUGUGGAGUGAUCUGUCUAAUGAGUGAUCCAGUGCUUGCAGUCCCGUGGCCCAACACCAUGGUAGACAAGCCAAAUCCAUUCAGCCCGUUGCCCUCAGCAGGGGAAAUAGUGUUGGACAGCCCUCUAUGUGGGGAGCUAAUCAAGGAAAUGGAGGAGCUAGAGGACAUCUCUCGAACCUUCAGCGAUGACACCUUCAACUUGCUGUGCCUGCCUGACUUCCAGGAAUCCAGCACUAGUUCCAACAGCUCUGCUACUCUCGAUGUUUUGAGCCCAGCCUCUAGUCCGUCAUCAGCAGCCUGUGGAGCAGUCACAGGGCAGGAUGAAAUCAACCCCAGCCCCCUAAACCUUGAGUGCCGUAUAUGUUCAGAUCGUGCCUCAGGCUUCCACUAUGGAGUGCAUGCCUGUGAGGGGUGCAAGGGCUUCUUCAGGAGAACCAUACGCCUGAAGCUGGAGUACGACAAAUGUGAGCGCCACUGUAAGAUCCAGAAAAAGAACCGGAACAAGUGCCAGUACUGCCGUUUCCACAAGUGCCUCGCCGUGGGCAUGUCCCACAACGCAAUUCGUUUUGGGAGGAUGCCACAGUCUGAGAAGCUUAAGCUCAGAGCAGAGCUGCAGAUCCCUGAGAAAGAAGAGAGAAAGACGCAGCUGGAUGACUGGAAGACUCUGGCCAGCCAAAUCCACGAGGCCUAUCUUAAACAGUUCCACCUGAACAAGGCUAAAGCACGAGGCUUUCUCACUGGCAAGACCAACAUGCCACCAUUUGUCAUUCAUGACCUGGACACACUACAGCAGGCACAGCCUGUUCUGGUCACCCAGAUGCUGAGUGAGGGAAGGGAGGACUUUCCACUUAAUGUUCAGGGGCAGGAGACUGAGGAUCGCCUCUUCCACUGCUGUCAAUACAUCUCGGUUGAAACAGUCACGCAGCUUACCGAGUUUGCCAAGGCUGUGCCCGGCUUCCCCAGCCUCGACCUAAAUGACCAGGUGACACUGUUGAAGUAUGGUGUGCAUGAAGCUUUCUUUGCCCUUCUGGCCUCAUGCAUGAACAAGGACGGGAUGCUGGUGACACGGGGCAGUGGCUUUAUUACCCGUGAAUUCCUUAAGAGCCUCCGCAAGCCUUUCAGUGAUAUGAUAGAGUCCAAGUUCCAGUUCGCCAUGCGCUUCAACGCUCUGGAGCUAGAUGACAGUGACCUGGCACUGUUUGUGGCUGCCAUAAUCUGCUGUGGAGAAUACUGCGCCCACCAUGCGGAAGCAGCAAUUCAAAAUGAACGGCGCCGAAGCUGCUGAGUUUGAGAAGUGGCCUCGAUCGUUCUGGGAACAGAGUAACUAGAUAAACGAAGAACUUGCUCAGAUCAAACGCCUUCUGAAGCCGCUGCAGCAAGCUGGGCCACGCGCCACGUUGCCACCCGCGCAAGUUCCCCUGCCCCCGCUGCCGGAGAGCUACGCCGUGCUACGCGGGCAGCCAAGCUACACGGAUUACUGGGGCUUCCCGCCGCCAGGGAACAACGCUGCGCUACGCAGGCAGCAGAGCUAUCCGAACUCCUGGGGCUUCCCACUGCAGGGGAACAACACCACGAUAUGCAGGCAGCAGAGCUACCCGAAUUACUGGGGCCUACCACUGCCGGGGGACUACACUGCGCAAUGCAGGCAGCAGGAGGUCGCAGCCCCAGAGUCCCAGCCUGAGGUUAACGUGCCGACCUCGGAGCCUCCGCCUGAGGUCAACAGGGUGACCUCAGAGCUCCAGCCAGAGACGCGGGGAGGUCUCUGCCACCGAAAAAGCUGCCCUGCUGUCCUGCUCUGCUGAGGAAGCUGUUCCACUGCCCUGUUCUACUGAGGAGGCUGUCCCACUGCUCUGUCCUGCUGAGGAAGCUGUCCUGCUGCCCUGCUCUGCUGAGGAGGCUGUCCUGCUGCCCUGUCCUGCUGCCCUCAGCAUUCCAGCCCUGCUGGGGACGUCGCCCAGCGUUCCAGCCCUGCCGGGGGCGUCGCCCCGAGUUUCAAUUCCACUGGGGGUGGUGCUCCGCCUGUGUACAGCCCGCCGAAGGCCACCUUGUUUUCAGAUGCAUUGCGAGGCAGCUCUCACGGGGGCCCCGGACCACCGUUGCAGGGGGGUGCUCGUUGGAGGGGGGUUCUGUUACGCUCCCGCCGGCAGAUGGCACUGCGGUGUCGACAUGCACAAGCAGCUUUAGAGAGCGCACGUGCACGAGACUCUUGUAUAUGGACACGCACCUUUGUUUGUUUUGGUUCUCCCCCUGUUUAAGCAUUGGUUGAUGUUCGAGGGUGUGUCUUGAUUUACUCAAGGUGUCUGUGUUUUAGUUUGAUUGUGUUUGGUAUUUAAACCCCCCCGUGAUGCUGUGCACUUCACGCAGUAUUGAAUGAGUAUUUGAACCUGAAUGUAAUGGUGAAUACGCUACACAUGCUAAGCGGUCUUGUUUGCGUGUCCUGUUCUCGUUCCAUGCCUUGACUUCAGUUCUGUGUUUAACCCGUUAAUCUUGUCCAGUAUAGACCGCGUUUCCUGUGUUUUGUCUGCUGUGUAAAAAUAAAGACGCUGAUCUGCACCUGCUCCCGCCUCACCUCCCUGUAUCGUAACACAGUAUCUCACAAAAGUGAGUACACCCCUCACAUUUUUGUAAAUAUUUGAAUAUAUCUUUUCAUGUGAGAACACUGAAGAAAUGACACUUUGCUACAAUGUAAUGCAGUGAGUGUACAGCUUGUGUAACAGUGUAAAUUUGCUGUCCCCUCAAAAUAACUCAACACACAGCCAUUAAUGUCUAAACCGCUGGCAACAAAAGUGAGAAUUAAGUGAAAAUGUCCAAAUUGGGCCCAAAGUGUCAAUAUUUUGUGCGGCCACCAUUAUUUUCCAGCAUUGCCUUAACCCUCUUGGGCAUGGAGUUCACCAGAGCUUCACAGGUUGCCACUGGAGUCCUCUUCCACUCCUCCAUGAUGACAUCAGCAAAUUUACACUGUUAUACAAGCUGUACACUCACUACUUUACAUUGUAGCAAAGUGUCAUUUCUUCAGUGUUGUCACAUGAAAACAUAUAAUCAAAUAUUUACAAAAAUGUUAGGGGUGUACUCACUUUUGUGAGAUACUGUAUAUGUUUGUCCAUUAAUUAAAAUGUCCAAAUUAUGUAUGUUACUAUAUUAACAGUAAAAAACAAAACAAAAUGAAAAACUGUAUCUCGCUUCAUUAACAUGUAGGCCCACCUUUUGUCUUCAUAAUUCCCUCCUACCUCCUUUAUAGCCUCUGAACAGCUUUUGGAUCCUGUCAGUUUUAAUAUUGGCUCCACCUAGCCCAAUCUUUGCCCAUUAUGCUUGACACGUCUGUAGCGACUUUUUUAAAUGACAUCUUUCUUCAGAUCAUGUUUGGAGAUUGUUCAAAUAUUUCUGUAAAUUUUGCCCGAUGGAUACACCGCAUUUCAUGUUUACUUUCUACUAUUUUUUGUAGAGUUCAAUUAAAGUGACCCCCAGACUAAUGGUUUCCAAGUGGGCCAGAAGUGUGUUCAAUGGAACUGAAUUCAAAAAUUCAUUUAAAAAUGGAUCAAAUUUACUUUUGGUAGAACAGAACUGAUAGAUGCACCAGCGUUACUUUUACAAACGUGAGGUUCUGGCAAACAUUCUGUCAAAAUGUUUAAUUUAGCUUUUUAAAUUUUGUUGUAUUUUGUAUUUUAUUAUUAUCAGAGAAAUUGAUUAUUGUACAUUUUUAUGAGAACUUGAUGAGCUGCAAGUAUAAGCUGUUUGAGAGGGCUUUCCUUCUCUGUGUUUUUCAUCUCCAGUACUGAGUGGGUGUUUGAAUAAGGUUACACAAUAAUAGCCAGGCUCAGAGUGUCUUUUUCUGAUUUUUUUGCUCUCCUUUAGCAAAAAUAUCCACAGCUUCCAAUAGUGUUUACUCCAGCUGCAGCCCACAGGGUUCUGUAUGACCUGAGAAUUUAACUAGAGCCUGCUACAUGCUCCCUCUUUCUUUCACAGGAUCCCUGUUUAACAUGCCAUGCAAUACACUCUAUAUGCGGUCAUUAAUUUACCUGGAGAAAUAAUGUUCAGCGUUUCUCUUACACUAUUUUUAUAUUUCUCUCUGUCUUUUGUUAUGCCUCCACAACCCCCACCCCCACUCCCAACUC